AUGGAACCUAAGAAUAACACAAAAAUUUCAGAAUUCCUUCUUCUGGGACUCUCAGAAGAACCAGAAUUGCAGCCCCUCCUAUUUGGGCUUUUUCUGUGCAUGUACCUGAUCACUGUAUGUGGAAACCUGCUCAUCAUCCUGGCCACCAUCUCAGACUCUCACCUGCACACCCCCAUGUACUUCUUCCUCUCCAACCUGUCCUUCAUAGACAUCUGUUUUACCUCCACCACCGUCCCCAAAAUGCUGGUGAACAUCCAGACACAGAACCAGGUCAUCACCUAUGCAGGCUGCAUCACCCAGAUGUUCUUUUUUCUACUGUUUUCAGGAUUGGACAACUUUCUCUUGACUGUGAUGGCCUAUGACCGGUAUGUGGCCAUCUGUCACCCCCUGCACUACACUGUCAUUAUGAACCCCCAGCUCUGUGUAUUGCUGGUUCUUACAGCCUGGAUCGUGAGUGCCCUGCAUUCUUUGUUACAUAGCUUAAUGAUAUUACAGCUGUCCUUCUGUCCACAUGUGGAAAUCCCCCACUUCUACUGUGAUCUUAGUAAGCUGGUCCACCUGGCCUGCUCUGACACCUUUCUUAAUGACAUGGUGAUCUAUUUUGCAGCUGCGCUACUGGGUGGUGGUCCCCUUGCUGGGAUCAUUUUACUCUACUCUAAGAUAGUUUCCUCCAUUCGUGCAAUCUCAUCAGCUCAGGGGAAAUACAAAGCCUUUUCCACCUGUGCCUCUCACCUCUCAGUUGUCUCCUUAUUUUAUUGCACAAGCAUGGGUGUGUACCUUAGUGCUGGGGCUACCCACAGCUCACACUCAAGUGCAGCAGCCUCGGUGAUGUACACGGUGGUCACCCCCAUGCUGAACCCCUUCAUCUACAGUCUGAGGAAUAAAAAUGCAAAGAGGGCCCUGAAAAUAGUCUUUGGAGGGAAACUUUACACGGAUCCAUUGUCCUGGGACUGA